UUAAGCUAGCGUGUAUGAGAGUACAAUUUGAAAAAAUGUCUUGAACAGCCUCUCAAUUACUGACAGACUGUGAAGUUGGAUACUAUGGGUAUUUAAUCUUUGUCAAAUAUAGCUUUUGUUUAAAAGUUAUAUAUUUUUUUCUCAUUUGUAUACUGUUUUUAAUUUCUAGACAAAAGAGUAUGCAAAUGCCAUUUGGCCUGCAGAACAGAGGCCCAUUAUCAUUGCCCUACUUGCAGUAAAACUGUUCUUAGAAGAAGCGCAAUGGAGGCUCACCUGCAGAAGUGCUUUUUUUCAGAUUACAUUCUUCUGAGUCUUGAGCUUUGUCUUCAUCUUAGACACAGUUUACAGAUUUGUUAAAUGACACAUUUAAAAAUGAAAAUCGUUUCAGUAAGUCAAAAACUCAAACACCCCUCCAUUCCACUUUAUCUGUUCCAGAGUCACGUUUCUGUCUCCAGAGUCAUUGAUACUUUGGAGAGCCUCCGGGGAGUGAAAUACCCAAAUCGAGACACUGUACUCCAUGCUUACUGUCAUUUUGAGGCCUUAGCAGACAAUGAUUAUACAUACUCUUGUGUAAACUGUGGUUACCACCCCCCUGUGGUAAUUAUGGAUUUACAUAAGAAAGGUGUUUUCAGCAUGGCAGGUAAGAGUUAAUGUUUCUUUUUAAAAAUCUGUAUAAAGGCAAUUCAGAUCAUUUUUAAACACGUCUAACAUGCACUUUCUCUAUGUAUUUUUUUAUUGUUUUAAAGCACAAUGCAUUUUUAUGGUUCAGUAAAUACAGUGUGUUUUUGUAAUAAGCACUCUUUUAUUUUGAGUUUUGAUUGUGUCAGUUAGAAAAAUUAUCAGUUAAUCUAUCAGUUAUCGGCAGUCACUGUCCAACUUGGUUAUCGGUAUUGGUAAAAUUCAAUAUCAGUCGUCCUCUAAUUAAUAACAUUUUUGUGGUGUGACAAACUCAGAACAUGUAUUUAGUAUUGAUUUACACAAACUUUAAUUUACAUUUUUAAAACCCAAUGGGAGUUUCUAAUAAAGUUUCAAUACAGUUAGUGACCUCAAAGAACCACCAUCAGAGUUCAAAGGGGAAGUAAACAUUGAGGAAUUCUGGCAAUCAGUGGAUCUGGAGAUGGUUGCACGUGGCUUUGUUUCCAGCCGAACAAACAAUCCAUUUGUUGUGGAGCCAAGUUAUGAAACGUGGGCUCCAUGGAUUGGACAAAAAACAAGGAUGGCUAAUUCAGUACUCAAUACAGAGUAUGAGAAGGUUUUCUCUCCAAAAGUUACAUCACCCGAAGCUCAGGUUCUCAGUGUGUCUGAGGAUCGUCUUGUAGACGAGCUGAUGAAACAGAAGGUUGGUGUUGUCAGAAAGUUGUGCAAGGCCUGUAAUGUGGACUCCAAGGGAUCUCGCAUGGACCUGAUAUUAAGAUUAAGAGCAGAGAUGCAAAACCGGCAUUCAUACAACAAAAUUUUCCAGAAGAUCUGGGGGGCAUCAGGUGGGUGGUCUGUUGUCCUGUGCCCACAUGGUGUGGUCUACAGUUUGAAGUUUAAUUUGAGGGCAGAGAGUCCAAGGGAUUUUAUGGACUUGCUUUUGUCAUGGCAGCACUUGCCCAAUGUCACAAUAUAUGACUUUGCUCGAGGCUUGCCAACACAUGCCAAUUUCCGUGUACCUUCAUCUCUUCCAUUUCAACCGUACGAAGGAAGACUGGCAGACUCAACACCCGAGAAUAUCGACAAAGCAAAGCAAAGCAAGGAAAGCUUAAAGUGUCUCUUCCUUGGUUGAUCGAGAAGACUGAUACUCUGAACUCAGAGGGCCAUCCAAUCACGGGAUCUUCGGAACACUAUGUUUUGUACGACAAAUUACACGAAUCCAACACAAAAGACCCAAAGGAUGUUCUCAGAAAAAUCAGUCUGGUGCCAGAACUACAGGGUUGGCUGAACAGCCAAAUUGCGGAGCAGUUUUUUGCAGACUUGAGAAAAAACAACUAUUUUAUCAAUAAUAUGGCUCACUCGACACAGAUUUUCAUUAUGCGGAACAUUAUACAUCACAAAAAUACAUCAGCAAACCAGAAGAUGUUGGAGCGACAGCUACAGCGUGGUCACAUACCUCACAGCAUUGAAAAUGUUGUCCUCUCUGACUUGGGACAAGCAAUUUUAAGUCAGUAUCCAUUCUAUUUGUUAUUUCUAAUCACUACUAUUGUUAAUAAAUUUGCA